AUGCUAAACCCUGCUCAAUUCACAACAUGUCUACAGGUAGUGCCCAAGCCGGCGAGCGAGCAGAGCGAUACAUGGCGUCGAUUUGGGACGGCACUUAAGACGCUGGAAGCUAUUACUGGAGUGUUUCCGCCUCUCAAAGAGGUGUUAUCUGUUCUGUCUGCAUGUACAAUGGAAAUAAAAAUCGCGGAGCAAAAUCGAGGUCCUUAUGACCAGUUGGCCUUGGAUCUAGUGGAUCUGGUGCAAAUUCUCCAGAAACACCUUCCGGAAGCAAAGCCAAGGUGGAUGCCAUAUUCGAUAGAGAACGCUGCUCGCGCCAUUGGGGAACAGGUAAUUUAUAUCCAGCAAAAGCAAAAUGGUUGGAAAUUAGGCCAGUUAGUUCGAGCGUCGGACAACGAGAUGGACAUUCUUGGGUGCUACCAAAGAAUCGAGCAUGUGUUUCGACACUUACAGGUGGAUAUAUCACUGAGUAUCUGGGACCUAACGCACAUGACAUGGGUGAACUCUCAGCUGAAGGAUCUAACUCCAGUCCACGAAGCCUGGUACAAUGCGGCGUUAUCAGUGGAAAUGCAGCGACAUGGAUGCGCCCCGAAUACCCGGGUCAAGAUUUUAAGUGAAGCAAUGGAAUGGGCGCGCAAACCGGACUCGCCAAAACUAUACUGGAUGAAUGGCAUGGCUGGGACCGGCAAAACGACUAUCGCGUACAGUCUUUGUGAGCAGCUCGAAAAGUCCAAACAGCUUGGUGCUUGCUUCUUUUGCUCUCGGUUCUCGCCAGACUGCCGGAAUAUGAACAGGGUUGUACCAACGAUUGCAUAUCAGCUGGGACGAUUCUCGAACCCGUAUCAAAAAGAGCUAUGUGAAGUACUUGGUAAUAACCCCGAUGUAGCCAAGCGAAAAAUCUCAGUACAAUUCGAAAAGCUGAUAGUUGGACCGUUAUCGAAAAUAAAGGAUGCGAUGCCGAAAGAUGUAAUCGUUGUGAUCGACGCACUUGAUGAAUGUGACGAUGGACAGGGUGCCCAAUUAGUGCUUGAACUCCUCUUUAGCUAUGCGGCAAUGCUUCCAGUCAGGUUUUUCGUGUCCAAUCGACCAGAACCGGGGAUCCUGCACAGUGUACAAUCCUUCGAGCAAAUAUCCCGGUUUAUCCUACACCUCCACGAAGUCGAUGAAUCAUUUGUCGAGGCGGACAUACAUACAUACCUAGAACAGGAGCUGAGAGAAGCCGGGGCUCAACCCGAGGAAAUCAAACUCUUGGCCGCCCGGUCUGGAUGUCUGUUCAUAUAUGCGGCGACCGUGAUUCGAUAUAUUGAGCCUAAAAAUCGAGCAGUUAAUCACAAGAAACGCCUUGCAACGAUAAUUAUGGCAACUUCAGACACCUUAGGAGAAACACACCGGGGACUUGAUGAGCUAUAUUCGGCUAUCCUUUUACAGGCCUUCCAAAAGCUAAAGGGCGAUGAAGGGGAAACUCUCCGCUCGUUACUUCAUGUAGUGAUUGGUGCUCGAGAGUCUUUGGCCGUUGCUACCCUCGCCGAACUCGCUUCCAUCGAGAGUGAAAACGAGGUCCAGCUGGCGCUGUUGCCCCUUCUUUCGGUACUAAAUGUUUCGGCAAACACAAGGGUAGUGUCGACACUGCACGCAUCCUUUCCUGACUUCAUGUUAAGCUCCGAGCGUUCGAAAGAGUUUUGCUGCGACAUAACUAAACAAAGCAUGUACAUGGCGGCCCAAUGCUUCCGUAUCAUGCAGCGGUCGUUGCGGUUCAACAUAUGCAACCUCGAGACGUCGUCACGUUUUGAUAAAGAUAUACCGAGCCUGCAGGCGAGAAUCGAUGAGUCUAUUUCUUCAGGCCUAUUCUAUGCAUGUCGGUACUGGGGUAGUCAUCUACACGACUCUAUACUUGUGGAUGAAUUGGUAGAAAAGCUGGACGACUUUCUCCGGUACCGGUUGCCACUUUGGAUGGAAGUAUUGAGCUUGACAAACUAUAUUGGAGAUUGUUCUGAUAUACUGCUCGAGGCGCUCAAGUACAUACCGUUUAACGACAGUUUCACUGAACUUCGAGCAAUGGUACAAGACUCUCGUAGCUUCGCCAGCAAAUACGCGGCCAACCCCACAUCUUAUAGCACACCUCAUAUCUAUCUAUCUGCGCUACCGUUGACUUCAGCAAAAAGUCGAGUGCGAGAAGUCUACUGGCCACGUACGAAGGGUCUUGCCACGGUUGGAAGUUGUAUGCACAAAGAUAGGAUGUCCUCAUCCCUUGCAGCGUGGGCCACAGGUUCAGUUGUGAACAAAAUAGCCCUGUCAAAUGAUGGCAAGCGCAUCGUAGCUGGUGGCGGAAAUGGAACGAUUAGUGUGUGGAACGUGAACACAGGAAGGUGCAUUCUUGGACCCUUGAAAAAGCACAAGGACUACGUUUUCGCUGUCACGUUCUCUCCUGACGGGGGGAUGAUCGCCUCUGGUUCUAAUGACCGCAGAAUAUAUCUAUCGAGCGCAUAUACCGGUGACACCCUGGUUGGUCCUCUUGAAGGCCAUUCUGGCGCCGUUUGCCACCUCUCAUUCUCACCUGAUGGUUUGUUUCUUGCAUCAGCUUCUGAAGACCAUACAAUCCGUAUCUGGAACCCCGUUACAGGUGAUAAAGUGGGCUCAGAGCUCAAAGGUCAUACGGAAUGUGUGAUGUGUGUUGUGUUCUCUGUGAGAGGAGACAGGCUUAUCUCGUGCUCUGACGACCGAACCAUACGCAUCUGGGACCGGCGUACCAGUGCUGCCAUUGGCAAGCCACUGGAGGGACAUACAGAUUGGGUCGAUUGCGUUGCGCUUUCACCAGACGACAUGCACAUUGCAUCAAGCUCUUGCGACCACACAGUUCGCAUAUGGAACCUGAAAUGUAUGGAGACUGUUAUUGGGCCAUUAAUAGGACAUACCGACCGGGUCGCAUCUGUUGCGUAUUCAUCUGAUGGCAAAAGCAUCGUGUCUGGCUCUUUCGAUCGCACGAUUCGAGUAUGGAGCGCCGAGACUGGUGACCUAAUCGCUGGUCCAUUUACCGGUCAUGAAGCCAGUGUGUACUCAGUGAUGUUCUCAACUGACGGGACACAGAUCCUGUCUGGCUCACUCGACCAAACGAUCUGCGUAUGGGAUGCUUACCCUACUGGCGUAGAGCCCAGUGAAUCUAUGGAAGGUGAUAACGGUGCCAUCAUAUCAAUUUCAGUAUCUCCUGAUGGUAGCCGAGUCGUGUCGGGGUCCGGUGAUGGCACAGUAUGUGUCUGGGAUUUACAGACAGGAAGACUUGCCCUUGGACCGCUUAAAGGCCACAAUCAUUGGGUUUGGUCAGUAAUAUACACUCCUGACGGCACCUGUAUAAUUUCAUGCUCCAACGAUGGCACAAUUUGCAUUUGGGAUGCACAAACUGGCUCGAAAGUUAAAAAACCCUUCAACGAUGCGAUUGUUGCAGCAGUCUCGCCCGAUAGUAGGCUGAUUGCAUCCGGAUCAUUGGAUUUCUCAGUCCGGGUAUGGGAGUUACAGAGCGAAAACCCAAUUGGGAGACCACUUGUUCAGCAUACAGCCCCGGUUUGCUCGGUGGAGUUCUCAUCCGACGGCUUUCGUAUCGUUUCCGGAUCCGAUGAUAUGACUAUAUGCGCAUGGGACGUCCUCAAGGGCACGCUUAUAUGGACGUGUAAGGAGCAUGUCAGUGAGGUCACUGGUGCAAAGUUUUUACCUAGCGACCAGAAGGUGCUAUCUUGCUCUUUUGACGGAACACUCUUGCUUCUGGAUGCGAAUACUGGCAUUGCAGCCUCGAACCCGUGGGAAGGGCACAGUAAUGCUGUCAGGGAUAUUGCUAUCUCGCCCGAUGGCACAAUGGCAGCCUCUGGUUCACGCGAUCGCACAAUAGGACUUUGGAAUGUACAGACCGGAACACUACUAGCACCUCUACUCCAAGGGCACACUGGUGACGUUAGUUCAGUGGCGUUCUCACUUGACGGCAAGCAUGUCAUCUCCGGUUCAUAUGACGGCACAGUCCGUGUAUGGAACAUUGGGGACGCCAUUGAGAUGAAAGAGAAAGUAGCACGCAGCUGGGUGGUGAAGGGAGAUGGAUGGAUUAUGGGACCAGAGUCAGAGCUUGUACUGUGGCUACCACCGGACUUGGCGGCGCGUUUCUUUGCUCCCCCUUGUUCAGGAAUCAUCCAUGCCCACGGACCUAUACCAAUUGAACUCGGAGAAGUUAUUUAUGGUGAUGGCUGGGCGCGCUGCUUUGAUGCAUCAGCUGAGUCGUACGUACUUGAUACGUAG